AUGCAUCACGAUACUUGCUGCGGCUCCUUUAACUGCAAUCUCCCGCGUUCCCAGUUAAGCGGAAAUAGAAAGCUUUCUUUUCUCUAUUUAAGCGCGCCAACAAAGACAAUCACCAGAGGUCUGUCUGUACUUCACCCACGGCACACUACACCGCCUGUUUCUGUCUCUCUCUCCACCGUCUCUACUGUCGUCCUGAAAAAGAUGCCGGAGGAAGCGUCGAGUGUGGAGGAGAAGCCGUGCUCCUCCUCCUCCUCAUCAGCAGCAGCAGCGGCUGCAGACAGCUCUGUUGACGCCAUGGAGGAGGCUAAGAAACUUAUUGGCACAGGGAACAAGCAUCUAGUGAUGGGAGAUGUUGUCUCUGCUGUCAGUGUCUUCCAGGACGCCUGCAGCAUGCUGGCUGCAAAGUACGGGGACACUGCAGAUGAGUGUGGCGAGGCCUUCUUCCUAUGUGGGAAGUCCCUACUAGAGCUUGCCAGGAUGGAGAACAGUGUCCUUGGUAAUGCUUUGGAGGGAGUCCCAGAAGAAUCUGAGGAAGAGGAGCAGCCUAAUAACUCUAACAUUGAGAGUGCCAACAGUCUUAAUGAAGAAACUAGAGAUGAGCUACGAAAGCAGGUGUAUGACGCAAUGGCGGAGAAGGAAAAGACUGAGUCAGGCAAGCUGGAGUCUGAGGAUGAAAAGGGCAACACUGAGGUGAAAAAGGAAAAUGCUGUGGCAAAGUCUCCGGUCAAACAUGUGAAUGGAUCAGAGGAACCGUCAACUUCCCCUGUGAAUGGCAAAGAAAAGAGUUCAGUCCAGAAAUCCAAAGUGAAUGGAGCUGAGAAGAGCCCGGUUGCUCCUGUGAACGGUGUUGGGGAAGGUCCCACUGGGUCUUCUGGAAAGGAAACGGUGACAAAGAAGGUAGAGUCCGAAAAGCAGAAUGACGAGAAGACAAAGGCAAAACCAGAGGAAGGAAAAGAUGAAUCUAAGCCAGAGGCUGAACAGGACGGAGAACCAGAGGAUGAUGAGGAUGAUGAUGACGAUGACGACGACGAUGAUGAGGAUGGAGAGACAAAUGGACAAGAUAAGGAAGAGGAUGAAGUGGGGAAUUUGCAGUUGGCGUGGGAGAUGCUGGAGGUGGCUAAAGUCAUCUACAAAAGAAAGGAAAACCAAGACGACCAGCUGAUGGCUGCUCAGACGUAUCUGAAACUUGGAGAAGUCAGUGCUGAAUCAGGUAACUAUCCCCAGGCGCUAGAAGACUUCCAGGAGUGUCUGGCCCUGCAGCUGAAGCACCUGCCUCCCCACAGUCGUCUUCUGGCUGAGACCCACUAUCAUGUCGCCACUACACUGUGCUACAUGGAUCAGUACAGCCAGGCCAUCCAGCACUACAACAGCUCCAUAAAAGUCAUCGAGACCCGUCUGGCCAUGUUGCAGGAGGUGAUCGCCGCAGCAGAAGGAGCAGAUGGGGCUGCAGAAGAGAAGAAUGAGAUGGAUGAGCUGAAGCAGCUUCUGCCUGACAUCAGGGAAAAGGUCGAGGAUGCGAAGGAAAGCCAAAGAACAGCCAGUGCUGCCUCCCAGGCCAUCCAGCAGACACUAGGCGGAGCCUCAACCUCAUCAGCAUUCCUGUCUGAAAAUGGGGGCCCAUCGUCGUCUUCGGCAUUUGCAACAGCCAGCCAGAUUCCAGUUAAAUCAUCUGACAGCGCCUCGUCUUCCAAAGCAGCCUCAGACAUCUCCCACCUCGUCAGGAAAAAGAGGAAACCAGAAGAGGAGAGCCCAGUGAAGGACACUGAUGCUAAACAAGCGAAACAGGAAGCCUCAGUUAAUGGCAGCGGUGACUCUAGUGCCAGCAACGGCAAUGGAGUCCAGGAGGGAAAAUCACAGGAGCCUGCCAACCAGUCAUCCUCUGUCGAGUCUUCAGCGUGACUGUCGCCGUCUCUCUCCUGAUCAACAAAACCAGCACAGCAUGCCUGUCCAGUCCCUCUCCACCUUCAACACUUUUGUUUUUGUAAAUAAGACCCAUUUUCAUAGAUUUGUCUGUCAAGUUUUGUAUACUUGUAGUAAAAGAAUAAAACAUUUGCAGAUGUAA